CUUUACCUUACUAUUAUUAUUUAUUUUUUUACAUUUUAAAUAAUUAAAUUUCAUAAAGUACUAUAAUAAUAAUAAUAAACUAUUGUACUAAUUAGUUAAAAAUAUACAGAAUAAUAAUAAUUUAAUCUGUCUAUUUUGUCCAAAUUCCAAACCACAGACCUUCCUACCAUGAAUCUUUUGGGUUUUGAUAGCUACUUGUUACAGAUUGAACGAUUGUCGACAAUUUUAUCACGCCUUGUACUAAAUAGGCCCUUACCCACCCACUAAAUCCAACCUUUCUGUCUGUCGUUUUUCUUCUCAAUUCUCAUUAUACCUAAUUAUGGUAUAGUUCUUGUACACCUACUACCCUAAUCGAUUCUCUCUUCCAGUUAUUUGUGACUAAUUUAGCAAACAUACAGUAUCUGAAUCAAACGGCGUAUACACACUAUGCCGGCCCUAAAAGCAGGAAGCCGGCCGCCGUGGGUGGGUCUUGCCGCCGCUGUUUGGGUUCAGAUCGCCUCCGGCAACGCCUACACUUUCCCUCUUUACUCCCACGCUCUAAAAUCUGUACUGGGUCUUUCUCAGCAGCAGCUUACAAUUCUCGGUGUUGCUAAUGAUUUUGGGGAAAAUGUUGGUAUACUUCCGGGCAUUGCUUCUAACAAAUACCCACCGUGGGUUGUUCUUUUGAUCGGUGUUUUUGCUUCUUUCUUUGGUUAUGGUGCCAUUUGGCUUGCUGUUAGUGAAACUGUUCACAACGUGCCUUACUGGGUUUUAUGGAUCGCGCUUGCUGUUGCCACCAACAGCAGUGCAUGGUUAGGGACAGCUGUCCUCGUCACCAACAUGAGAAACUUCCCUCUAAGCAGAGGCACAGUUGCAGGCAUUCUCAAAGGCUACGUAGGCCUAAGUGCUGCAGUUGUCACAGAAGUUUACACCAUGGUGCUAAAAGGAUCCGCAUCAUCACUACUACUCUUCUUAACACUCGGUAUCCCAUUCAUAUGUUUAGCCCUAAUGUAUUACAUUCGCGCAUGUACUCCCUCCGAAGCAGACCCAUCAGAAAACGCGCAUUUUCUCUUCACCCAAUUAGCAAGUGUUGUGCUUGCAGUCUUUCUUCUCACAACCACGAUACUAAAAGACGUUGUGCAUCUAAGUAACACGAUUUCCUACACUUUUAUUGGAAUAAUGGUGGUGCUUUUACUAGCACCUCUUGCAAUUCCAAUUAAAAUGACUUUGUUUCCUAACAAGAAGCUUACUCGGCCUGGUAGUUCUACGGUUUUGAAUGAUCCGUUGUUGACAUUGACACCAUCGAAUUCUGAUAUGAAUCUUGAGAAGAUUAAUGAUGGUGAAGAUAUUUCUGAGGUGGAUGCGCUUCUUGCUGUGGGGGAAGGGGCUGUGAGAAUUAAGAAGAAGAGAAGGCCGAGAAGAGGGGAGGAUUUUACGUUUCGUGAGGCGAUUGUGAAGGCGGAUUUUUGGCUUUUGUGGUUGGUUUAUUUUUUUGGUGUUGGAUCUGGUGUUACUGUUCUUAAUAAUUUGGCUCAGAUUGGUGUUUCCCUUGGGUUUAAUGAUACGACUACACUUUUGAGUUUAUUUAGUUUCUGCAAUUUUCUCGGCCGGCUUGGAGGUGGCGUUGUUUCAGAAUAUUUUGUAAGGUGGAAGACGAUUCCACGAACAUUUUUGAUGAUGAUAACACAAGUGAUAAUGGUGAUAACAUAUCUUCUAUACGCAUCAGCUCUAAAGGGAACACUUUAUAUUGCAACAGCCUUACUUGGAAUCUGCUAUGGAAACCCAAUUGGUGCUCUUUUAUUCUCAGGAAUGCUUGCAGGUUAUGUUUUUGACACAGAAGAAGCUAAACAAGGUGGGUCCACCUGCAUGGGUCCCAAUUGUUUCAGGCUCACGUUCCUUGUUCUUGCUGGUGUUUGUUGUAUAAGUACAAUUUUGAGCUUGAUUUUAACCAUCAGAAUUCGACCCGUUUACCAAAUGCUUUAUGCGGGUGGGUCGUUUCGUUUGCCUCAAAGUGCUGGACAUUGA